AUGUGCGAGCCUCCAUCUUUUCCUCCACCAGCGUACGAAGAUUCAUCUCCUCCACCAUCUGCUCCAGUAGAUGAAUCUACACAAGUUGCUGUUCCAAUCGAAGCACCACCAAAUGACCGAUAUCCCGGAGUUUGUAAGCCAGAUACUGAUGUUCGAACUGCUAUUUUCAAUUUCAUGCUGUGGAAUUGGUUCUUCACUACUCCGAUUAUGUACGUUGCUCGUAUCUACGGAAUCUUUGCCAUUCCAUUCAACUACAAUGUAUUCGUUACGGCAGCUGUCACAUAUCAACAUCCAGAUUGCUUGAAACUUCUGAUGCGGUUUGCUAACACCUUCCAAGUUAUUCUUUGGACAGCCGGCCCUGUAUACUUCUUGUUCUAUAUCAUAACUUACAAAAGUUCAUCUGUUUUAGAAUUCAUCACUGUUUUCUGUGCCAUUGUUUACUUCUUGGUUGCCUCAGCCACGAUGCACCACCAAGAAGCCCUUGCCAAACAAGUCAGAGCAUUGGUCCAGGCCGAGAAAAAGAAAAAAAUGAAUACUAAUCAAGCUUAA